AUGGUUGUCUCGGGCGCCCCCGAGCCACAGCAGGAGCAGCCACAACAGGACCAGGAUGAGGAGAUGCUGGUCCCGCAUCAGGAUGGCAUUGAGGGGCCGCAGCAGGAUGUUGUUGAGGGUCCGCAGCCGCAGCAGGAUGUUGUUGAGGGUCCGCAGCCGAUGGAAGAAUCUGUAUCCGCUGUUGAGAACCAACUUGUGCCAGAUACCUCCACAUCCAGAUUUACAUGGUGUAUUGAAAAUUUCUCAAAACGCAAUGUUAGAAAGCACUACUCUGAUGAUUUUAUUGUUGGGGGAUACAAAUGGCGAGUGCUUGUCUUCCCCAGAGGAAAUAAUGUUGACUACCUUUCAAUGUACCUGGAUGUUGCUGAUUCAAACUUGCUGCCUCCUGGUUGGAGUAGGAAUGCACAAUUCAGCCUUGCUGUGGUAAACCAAUUAGACAGCAAAGCAUCAUUAAGAAAAGAAGCGAUACACCUAUUCAAUUCCCGAGAAAGUGAUUGGGGUUUUACAUCUUUUAUGCCUUUGAUGGAUCUGUAUGAUUCAAGUAAAGGAUAUGUUGUGAAUGAUAAAUGUAUCAUAGAAGCUGAGGUUGCUGUGCGUAAAACUUUUGAUUUCUGGAACUAUGACUCCAAAAGGAUGACUGGUUAUGUUGGCCUGAAGAAUCAAGGGGCUACCUGUUACAUGAACUCUCUUCUUCAGACUUUAUACCACAUUCCCUACUUUCGGAAGGCUGUAUAUCAUAUGCCUACUACAGAGAAUGAUACACCUUCAGGGAACAUUCCAUUGGCUUUGCAAAGUCUUUUUUAUAAACUUCAGCAUAGUGAUAACAGUGUUGCUACAAAAGAGCUCACCAAAUCUUUUGGAUGGGAUAGCUAUGAUUCGUUCAUGCAGCAUGAUGUUCAAGAGUUGAAUAGGGUCCUAUGUGAAAAGCUGGAGAACAAGAUGAAGGGAACCACCGUGGAAGGAGCAAUACAAAAAUUGUUCGAGGGUCACCAUAUGAAUUAUAUCGAGUGCAUUAAUGUUGACUCAAAAUCUACCAGGAAAGAGUCAUUCUAUGAUCUUGCACUCGAUGUCAAGGGAUGUUCUGAUGUCUAUGCAUCAUUUGAUAAGUAUGUUGCAGUGGAGAGGUUAGAAGGCGAUAAUAAGUAUCAAUCCGAGGAACAUGGUCUACAGGAUGCCAAGAAAGGAAUGCUUUUUAUUGACUUCCCUCCAGUUUUGCAACUUCAGUUGAAACGGUUUGAAUAUGAUUUUGUGCGGGAUACAAUGCUCAAGAUAAAUGACCGUUAUGAGUUCCCACUUCAAUUGGAUCUUGAUAGAGAUGAUGGAAAAUAUCUUUCUCCAGACGCGGAUAGAAGUGUGCGUAACCUAUAUACUCUUCACAGUGUGUUGGUUCAUAGCGGCGGAGUUCAUGGAGGACACUACUAUGCCUUUAUUCGCCCGAAGCUGUCUGAUCAAUGGUACAAGUUCGAGGAUGAACGAGUGACGAAAGAAGACAUGAAGCGGGCAUUGGAGGAACAAUAUGGUGGUGAGGAAGAGCUCCCUCAUACGAAUGGACUCAAUACGACACCAAUUAGAUUCACGAAGCAUUCAAAUGCUUACAUGCUUGUUUACAUCAGAGAAAGUGACAAAGAGAAAAUCAUCUGCGAUUUAGAUGAUGAAGAUGUAUCAAAACACCUUAAGGUUAGGUUAAGAAAGGAACAGGAAGAGAAGGAAUGCAAGAAAAAAGAGAAGGCUGAGGCUCAUAUGUUCACUACAUUGAAGGUGGUCCAAGACUCUGAUUUCAAAGAGCAAAUUGGAAGACACGUACAUUUUGAUCUUGUGGACUUUGACAAAGUUAAUAGCUUCCGUGCACUUAAGAACAUGUCAAUCAACCAAGUCAAGGAGGAGCUUUCGAAAGAAUUUGGCAUCCCAGUAGAAUCCCAACGAUUUUGGGUGUGGGCAAAACGACAGAACUUUACCUACAGACCCAGUCGGCCAUUGACCUUCCUGGAGGAAACAUCUGCUAUUGGAUUUCUCAAAGACGCAAUAGUGGCAAAGUUACCGAAUUCUGAAGUACGGUUGUUCUUGGAGGUUCAUUCGGGACAGGAGAAUCAAGGAAUUGCUCCUGGGAAGAACAAAGAAGAUAUAUUACUUUUCUUCAAGCUCUAUGAUCCUGAAAAGGAAGACCUAAGAUAUGUUGGAAAUUUUUUUGUGAAAGCAUCAGGAAAACCAUCUGAUAUAGUAGAAAGGCUGAAUGAGAUCGCUGGAUUUCCGUCUGGUGAAGAUGUUGAGCUCUAUGAGGAAAUAAAAUUUGAACCAGAUGUGAUGUGCGUACGAAUUGAGAGCAAUAUUUCGUUCCGUUCAAGCCAGAUUGACAAUGGUGAUAUAAUAUGCUACCAAAAACGCUGUUUGCCAGAUUCAAUGGAUCGAUAUCGAUAUCCUAGUGUCCCUUCUUUCUUUGAAUAUAUUCAUAAUAGACAGGUUGUCCACUUCAGAUUGCUUGAGAAACCAAAAGAAGAAGGCUUCUCUCUGGAGCUUUCAAAACGCUCCACAUAUGAUGAUGUCGUUGAGAAGGUUGCUCAGCAACUACGUCUGGACGAUCCUUCUAAAAUCCGGCUUACUCAAUACAAUCUAUCGUCUCAGCAACCCAAACCUCACCACAUCAAAUACAGGAGUCUUAAUUAUCUUUCAGACAUGCUACAUAAUCACAAUCAGAUGUGUGACAUUUUAUAUUAUGACAUCCUGGAUAUUCCGUUGCCUGAACUAGAAUCUACGAGGUCUCUGAAGAUCGCUUUUCAAAACGCCACAAACCAUGAGAUGUCGUUUCACACUAUGCGGUUACCAAAAAAUAACACUCUUCUUGAUUUGAUUGAAGACUUAAAGUCAAAGGUUGAACUUUCAUGUAAUGACGCUGAAUUUCGGUUUUUUGGAGUCCACCUUCACAAGAUAUGCAAGGUUUAUCAACCUGGAGAUAAGAUAGAUUCAGUUAGUGAACAUGGACCCUUGUAUAUUGAAGAGGUUCCUGAGGAACAAAAAAAUGCUGGGCCUCAUGACCGUUUGGUUCAUGUCUAUCACUUCGAAGAUAAUCGUCAUGUUCAGUAUUUUGGAGAACCUUUCUUCUUUCUAAUUCGUGAUGGUGAAGCUUUGUCUGAUAUCAAAGUACGGAUUCAGAAGAGACUUCAAGUUCCUGAUGAGCAGUUUCUGAAGUGGAAAUUUGCUCAUGUUACAUUCAGUAGGCCAGAAUACCUCCAAGAUUCAGAUAUUGUAUUGAACCGAUUCCAUAAACAGAAACCUGUUUAUGGAGCUUGGGAACAACACCUUGGAUUGGAGCAUACAGCCACUACCCCAAGAAGGUCGUACUUUGGCAGUCAGAACCGCCAUUCUUUUGAGAAGCCUGAUAUGAGGGCAGUCUUGUUCCAAAAGCAGUAUCUUUAUGUUUUUAGUGAUGUACAUGGUGGAGGUUUUGCAUAUAAUAGUUUAUGUGGCAAUUUAUCAGAAGAAUUUUCAUUUGGUGGAUGUACAGGGUUCGUAUAG